GCAGACUGCAAAGAGUGCAAAUAUCAUCAGUUUUCUGCCGGACACGUGAGAGUUAAUGUGAGCUUAUCAGCGUGUGUGCUUGGUGAACAGUGACGCGAUUUUUACGUUUAAUUAUAAAUAACACGAUAUUUACGUAUUUAGCUUCAGUAUUACUAUUUACUAAUCGACGAAUUGAUGUAAUUUGUGAAUAGUGUAUUUUUUUUAAACGGUUAAUAAAUAGCUACUGGUAUAGCGUGGUAAGAAUAUUUGUUAUGCUACAUGUACAUGCAACACAACAAAUAUAUUCCUUGUACCGGCUUAAAGCUUAUUAUUCGUACAAAAUGUAAACAGCUAUUUUUUUACCGGCAUUUUAAAACGAAAGUAGAAAGGCUUUGAACCGUUCUUCACUGCGUUAGCGUAUAUUUUAUAUCAGUCAAUGUUACUGGGAAAAUGAAGGUCACUAGGGACAAAUUUCAUUAAUUUUCAUGUGCUUGGUAGAAAUAAAAUGACUGAUUUAUUCUUUAUGCAGCUAUGACUACCUAUGUUACGCAUGGAUUUUUUACACUUGUUCGUUAAAUUAUAUAUUAUUUAUUAUCGAUUUUACUAUGGUAUGCUUCCUUAAGAUAAAGAAAAUAUUAAGUGCAUGGUAUGGAACCUAAGUGUGUUUAAUUUUAUAAUUUAUAAAAUAUUUUUAGUUAUAAAUAAUAGGCACUUUCGUAUAAUUAGGUAGGUAGGUAUAAUGCUUCGCUAGAAGUAAUAGUGUUCUGUGGUAUAAUGACAAAAUGUUUCCUUCAUCGGUGAUUCAUUAAUGACAGAUCAUUCGAAGUUAAUUUUAUUUAAAUAUUAAUAACUAAGAGAUAGUUAUAGUUAUUAAUAUUUAAAUGUAUUUUAUAUGCCGUAUUUAAAUGUCUUAUAUACGAUAGUUGGCUAUCGAAAGGAUACAUAGAUUAGUCAUAUUUUGUGUGUAAGGGAAUCGGUAUUUUAAAAGCACUGCACGCAAUGUAUGAUAAAUGUUACGCGGCGGUGGGAGUUCAGCUGCCUUUCCUGUUCAAUUACGCAUUCAGUAAUUAGGAAUCUGCUCAUGCUGAUAUGAAAAAUACAUACUUGACAAACGAAUGUAAUACCUUUAAGCUUCGAGAUCAAAAAUGUUUCCCUUAUGUGUUCUGUCGAAAAUCAAUAAAAACAAAAUUAGUGACUUCAAAACAAUUACUUAUCUAAUUUAUAAGAACAAAUUACAAUUUAAAAUUGUUGAAAUAACAGACCAAUAUGGCGCCCAAUGUAAAGGAUGCAAAUGGUGUUCUCUUUGAAAAUGAUGCUGAUACUCCAGACUUAGGACUGUCCAGCACACCUGUACAGCAAGCCGACAACUACCCAAAGAAACUAGUUUGGAGGAAUAUAAUACUUUUUACAUACCUUCAUAUUGCUGCGUUGUAUGGAGGCUACCUUUUCUUAUUUCAUGCGAAAUGGCAAACAGACCUAUUUGCCUAUAUAUUGUAUGUAAUGUCAGGACUUGGCAUCACAGCAGGUGCACAUAGAUUAUGGGCACAUAAAUCAUACAAAGCAAAGUGGCCUCUACGUGUUAUCCUUAUCAUCUUCAAUUCCUUGGCUUUUCAGGAUUCUGCUUUAGAUUGGGCACGUGAUCAUCGCAUGCAUCAUAAAUACUCCGAGACUGAUGCCGACCCACAUAAUGCCACACGAGGUUUCUUUUUCUCUCACAUUGGCUGGCUUCUAGUGAGGAAACAUCCAGAACUGAAGAGAAAGGGCAAGGGUCUCGACCUAAGUGACUUAUAUGCUGAUCCCAUUCUUCGAUUCCAGAAAAAGUACUAUUUAAUUCUGAUGCCAAUCGCUUGCUUCAUUUUGCCAACAGUGAUUCCGGUGUAUUUUUGGAAUGAGUCUUGGAUUAACGCGUUCUUCGUUGCGACUCUUUUCCGUUAUACAUUUAUUUUGAAUGUCACAUGGCUAGUGAACUCCGCUGCUCACAAAUGGGGUGGAAAACCCUACGACAAGAAUAUCAAGCCAUCCGAGAACAUCUCCGUGUCGGUGUUUGCACUCGGCGAGGGAUUCCACAACUACCACCACACAUUCCCAUGGGACUACAAGACAGCGGAACUCGGUAACAACAGAUUAAACUUCACCACCAAUUUCAUCAAUUUCUUUGCUAAAAUUGGAUGGGCAUACGAUUUGAAAACUGUAUCUGACGAGAUCAUAAAGAACCGUGUGAACCGCACCGGUGAUGGCUCUCACUACCUCUGGGGCUGGGGCGAUAAAGAUCUGGACAAAGAGGAAAUAAAGCAAGCCAUCCGCAUCAAUCCUAAGGACAAUUGAUCAUAUGGAACAAACGACAGUAGUUGUGUACUAAUAACGAAUAAAUCGGUCUUACGGUUAUUUGGAUUUAAAUUACACAGAUUAUAAUGUACCUUCAUUUAGGGUCAUCUAAAUUGAAAAAUAAAUAAUGCAUGUUUCUAUUUACAUAAUAGUUGUAUAUUUCUAGCCUCUUGUACUGUAUUGACGAUUUUCACAUUCAUUAUAGUGUUGAUUGUCCAAAUAGACCUGUGGUAGGCACAUGAGUAGAGCUUUGGCACAUAUUUUGACAAUUAGUUGCACUCCUUACAAAAAUUACUAGCACUGAAUUUUGAUUAGUUUGAUGUGGUUGAGUGUGAACUGUAAUUUGUAGUCUUGGCUGUGUUGAUGUUCGUUACCGAUGGUAACUACUCGUUCGUCUGUCGUUAUAGAAAAUUAAAAAAAAAACUUUUCCGUCUAUUUAUUGUUCCACAUGCAAAAUGUUCAAACCUUACCCAAACAUCAUGCCACAUUUUGAGACUUAAAUGAAUUUGAAACUUAGAAAUUUGAAUGAACACUCUAUUUUUCAUUGAAUUGUUCGUCCCAUUUCAAAUAUAUAUUAAUAAUAUACAACACGAGGAUCUGCUAUAAUAAUUAUUUAAUACAAAUAACAGGGUUGGCGAUUUUGUGUUAGUGGAACUUUGUUGCAAUAAUGUAACUAUAUCGACUAUAUUAUUACUAUUUUAAUUACGUAGAUACACGAAAUUUUUGUACGUAAAUUUUUUCAUUGACUAUGUCAGAAUCUUGAACCCAGUUAAUUUAUAGAAAAUUAGUUUUGGCCUUUUUAGCAAAAUAAGGUUCUUAACUUUAAACAGCAAGGGAAAAUAUAUAAUAAUAUUUUCUCCCUGCCAUACCAAAUACUUAUGAUUGGUUGAAUUCUUCCUACCAAUUCUUCCUACCUUUCAUUCUUGUAAUUGAAAUGAUAACUACUUUUAAAUGAUAAUUUAAAAGUAGCCAUUAUUUACAGGUUUUAGGUAUUUGCUGACAAUCAAUUUGCCAAAUUUAUUUCCAUUGCUUUUUAUUAACAAGAGGCUUUUAACUUUCCAAAUUAAACUUCACUAUUAGGUAUAUAAUAUUGUAGUGACUAAAUAUAAAUGAUUAAUGUUGUACGAAUUCGAGUGACGAAAAAGGAAAAUCAGCGGCGUUUGACGUCGAACGCCGAAUAUAAAAUGAGAGAGCAAGAAAAAAAAGUUACAAAAAAACUUUUAAAGUUAUUAAAUUAAGUUUUUACUGCGAUAAAAUGUAAUUUGCGUUACAAAACAUUAGCAUUGUAGACCACAUAAUGUAUUUAUUUGUUGAAACGUAAACUAGUCUUAUUAAUUAUGUGAGAGAAUACAAAAUCAUUUAACCAAUUACGAGUAUAUCAUAAAGUGUCACAGAACGUUAUUUUUAAGUUUAUAUUAUGUGGUAUAUUGGAACGAGAAGGGCACCUACUAGAAAUGUCAAUAAUUAUAUUAUUAAGCGGAAGAUCUACUUUUCUUUAUGGCCUUUCGUUAAAAGUAUGUAUGAUUUAUAUAAAAUUAUAAACUAUUGCAAUUGCCUAUUUGAUCGCAGACACUUCGCACGCGGUAGAAGUAAACUUCGCCUAGCAACUGCCCUUGAGGUAGGUCUCCUCCGGAGGUGCUUGAGCAGCUGUUGGCAAAUUCCUUUCCUCCUGACUGAGCUCGCACACCUGUCCUGGUGAAAUUGGAAAGGCCUCUGGACCAGCAGUAAUCCUUCAUUCCUAUUCCUAUAGAAUCCUAGGAUUCAGCUGCAAGAGAAUGAAACCGAAAAUUUCCGAAGUUUUUAAUUUUUUCUUUUGAAUAUAUUUAUGUAUUUGGUAUCGCUUUUCGAGUGUCAUAUCCGUUACACAGACUCCUAAAUCGUAACAGUGUUAAUGAAAUUAUCACUUAAAUAAACAAUAAUAGGCACAUAUUAAUUGAGAUAUAAAAAAAAAAUGCACAUUAUUUAUGUAUGUCUUAGACUUGACGCCUCCAUUUUACAAACGCGCAAUGAAAAUUUUGAGUGAAAACUCAAGUUAUAGGAAAGUUUUUAUUGCAUUAAUGGAGGAAUGGAGGCGUUCAAAAUUGCGAUUCGCUGUAUGCGAUACGUAAGUCGGUCAUCGGUUAGUAACAGUAUGAAAAGUAACGUGUAAUGGACUGACAAGGAAAAAGGAAUUGUGAUAAUGUUUAGAACGGUUAAUGGUUAAACCAAUUUAAUUCUAUAAGAGUCUUCAACAAAGCUUGUUGGUUAACUCUAUAAGUGUAUUUAGUCGCCUUGUAUUAUUUGGCAAGGUCUCCUGCAACCAUAUUUGUUAGACAAUAAUUUUACUAACAAAAUUAUGAUUAAAACCAGAGAACAUUUACGGAACGAAAUACAUUACCAUAUCUAAAAAUACAAGUUUUGUUUUUAUAAUUUGUUAUAAGCCCUAACGUUUUUAAAAGCUAUGUACGAAGUGUAAUCAAUAUAAUACAUAACGUAGAACUUGGUUAUUUUUACUCGUAUGAUAAAAAAAUGUUUUUCCGUUUGAAGUUUAUUUUAAAAAUUCAAGAUAAAUAGCUAUUUUAAUAUUUUUCGUUUUUGUUUGAAGUUACAGUGUCCACAGGUGAGCACUGCGAAUGUUUUAGUUACGCUUUGGUUUAGGAGAUGCGUUUAGUUUUGUUCAAACUUUUAAGAGAUUUUCAUGCAAAAUACUGUAUGUUGUUUAAACUACUUUAAAUUACAACACUAUAAUAACUGAAA